AGAUGGCCGUUAUGUACAUCUGAUUAGUACAGGAAUUUGAUCGCGACACAUUGUAUCUGUUAAACUUGGAAUUCGAUCUGUCAGUUCUCUAAGCAUAUAAACCGUAGCAAAGGGUAUUGGGUGUAACUGAUGAAGAAUAUUUGCAGUUUACUUGAUGAUAGUAUCUCCCCGCGGGUCUGCCGGCGACUCGCAUUAAACAAUGUUCAGCAAAAAACUUCACGUAGACGUCAAAAAGUCAACGCUCAAGAUACAGGAUGUAAAAAAAGACAGCGCGACGCGGUUUAAACACCUCAAAAUAGUACUUGAAAAUGUAGACACAGAUGAAGCAAAGGGUUUCUUCGAGGGAAACUUCAGCCAUGUCUAUUUCAUACUGUAUGAUUGUUUCGUAUCUGCAGAAGUGAAUUUGCGCCAAAAAGAACUUUCUUUCCAUCUUGUUCACAAGGCGCACAGGGAAGAGCUGGAGCAAGUCUUGCAACUCUUGGAGAAGAUCCUGACCCUUCUUCCGGAACUUUUGAAUCGAAGAUGGCAGUGUCAUAGUCUAGCUAGGAUUCUGAGAAAAUUGUUACACCCUGGAAACAGCUGGAAGUUACGCCGUCAAGCCAUCAGAUAUUUCAUACUGUGGUACCAAGCUCUUGGAGACAAUGCACCAGAUCACAUCCAUCAGAUGUUUGCAUGCCUGGUGCCAGGGUUUCCACCCAGUCAGCCAUCGCCUUACAAAAUAGACCGAAAAACAGAAAACAAAAAAGAUAAGCCUACAAAAUCAGCUAGCUACGAUGACAAAGAAAAAAGAGAAUUCUAUGACACGCAAUUAGGACAAAGUAUGUUCCAUGAUAGUGGAGUGACACAAGGACCUGUUAGUCUGGUUGAUAGUGGGCCAAUCCUGCCACCCCAAAGUGGUGAAAAACCUCUAGACAAUGAAACCGUUAGAUUUCUCGAUGCUCUUCUUGAUUUCAUGGUUAGCCAGGUUGUCAAAGUUGAAUGGCGGGACAAGAAUACGAGACAACACAAGGCCUUUCAGUUUCUGUUGGAACGGUUCAAAGUGGCUUAUCUCAGGCAUAUUUGCCCUGAGUUCAAUGAUCAUUUUUCUCUAUAUAAACCCAACUUAGAAUUGCCUAGGAUGCGAAAGCCCUCGCCGAAUCAAGGCCAGGAUGUUUAUGCCCUCUGUAAAGUUACCCUCAUAAAAUGGAUAGCCAAAUACACUCAUGUCACAAAAAAAGAUGGACAACUUUUACAUCAUUCUCCAAGCACAACGACGAACGAAGAAAAUUCAGAACAAGAUCUCCGACGUGUAUCUGUCAUUCAAAAUUUAGCCGAUCCGAAUUCCUUAUCUCCAGAUGUAGUGUCGCAGCAUGAAAGCCAAGAAGAUAGUACAAUGUUAGCAAUAACUUUGGUACGAGAAGUCCUUUACGGUAACAGGGACAAUGUGAACUUUGUACACGAACUUUACCGACAAGCUUUUUUACUGGAUUUCACUCAUGCUGGUGCUAUUAGAAAAGCUAUCGCCGUAUAUAAAGAUUGGAUACAGAUGAAUGAAUUGCCGCCAUUUAUGCUGGAACCUUUGGAUGGUUAUAAAGAUCGAGAUAUAGAAGAAAAUCAAAAAAAAGAAUGUCUCAUAAAUGAUCGCAGUCCACCAGAAAGCUACAGGCAAACUCGGCUGAGAAAUGAUUCGUAUCUCGGAGCCAUUCACAGGGAAAACUUGUUCGUCAGAGCUGGAUUACAAAAUGUGUUGCAAGUUUUUGUAACCCAAGCUUCAAACGUAUUUUUCCUAGAAACACCUGGCGGUAAUGAGGCAGAGACUCUUUUGGAGGAACAAACAGAUAGCUGCAAGCGAGUGCUAAAUGUUUACCGCCACGUUGUCAUGCAAGUUAGAUUGGAACCUGCCACUUGGGAACAAUUACUUCGAGUAUUACUCCAAAUCACUUCUUUGGUACUAAGUGAAAGAACAUCCCGUAGAAAGCAGCAAGAAAGUAUCGGUGGAAAACUGGCACCAGCUAUUUUUCAGACGUUGAUAGUCACUUGGAUAAAGGCCAAUCUAAAUGUGGUUAUUUCUACCCAGCUUUGGGACCAAUUUCUGACUGUUCUAACCUCUCUGACACAAUGGGAAGAGCUCAUACGGGAAUGGGCUAAAACCUUGGACACUUUAACUAGAGUACUAGCCAGACACGUUUAUAAUCUUGAUUUGAACGACUUGCCAUUAGAUCGACUCAGCGAGCAGAAAUCUAAGAAACGUCGUGGUAUAGGCAGCCGUGCUGCUUCCACAGGGAGUGUUCAGCCUCCUAGAAGAGGAAGCGUUGAUCAAGAGACAGAAACUACAUCAAAGGACAAUGCCACUGACCAUCCCAUGCGAGACCUUAGAAAAAUCCGUCCGAUGCCACGAAGUGCUAGUGACAAUGUCAUAUACAAUGGGAAGACAAGAAUCAAACUUCACAGACAUCGUCCACACACUACACAUUCCGGAGUCCCUGUACUCCCCCUGUCAAUAGAGCAGGAUAUGGCAAGGCUACUGUCUACAACUAAUGCUGCAUCGGCAAUAGCAAAAAUGUUACCAAACAGGCGAACUAAAUCUUUGGAAAGUGUCAUUGUGGUGGAAAGUGAACCUCCAUCACCUCGCUGCCCUUCACCUACACCUAGCAGCGGUGUGGACAGCAACAAGGAUAGUCCGAUACAAAUAGAAAAUAUUGAUGGCAACAGCAUCGACACAAGUGAUGUUUCUGAAAGAAGAUCUGUCAUGGCUGGAGGUGGAGUUCCUGGAUGGCUACCGGAUGUUGCUGUGGCACUGUGGAGACGCAUGUUGUCCGCUUUAGGGGAUGUAAAUAAUAUUCAGGAUCCGGCGCUCCAUGGACAAGUCAUGGACUACCUUGUACAGCUGACACAUACAUUGAUCAAAAUUCGUUUAAACCAAGGAGUUUCUGGUGACAAUCAAGGUACUCCACCCGCUCCAGAGCUCAUUCCCCCAUUGACUAUAAUCGCUCCAUGGUGCUUCAGGGCAAUACAACUUCCUCAACAAUACGAGGUUGGCCGGUUAGCCGCAUAUCGUCUGAUUUGUCUUUUAACUGUUCAGCCGAUGGAUAUAUCUGUACCCAAAUCACAUUUAACCCUGUUCUACCGUGCUGUGCAUAAUGGAAUAAUCAGCAAUGAUGUUAAAGUUCUCCACACACUUGUCAAGUAUACAGGACCCAGAUUAUUCAGUUUAAAUUUACCUGGAUCUAGCCUCCUAAUCCUCGACUACAUCCAUGCAGCGAAUGUGAUACUAAACAGCAAUGAUGUUGAAGCACCCAGAACAGAAGCGGUUUCAAUACUAGGUUCGCUACUAUCACUGCCUACAACAGUUGCCAAACUUCCAGUAUUACAACCUAAUGGGAAUGACAUAGUGACAGUAACGUGUCCAGAUGCUAAGGAACAUAUUGUGACAAUACUACUGAGGAGCUGUCGCCGAGAGCCAACAGGUGUGGCAAGAUGCGUCGCACUUUCCAGCAUCGGUAUGUUUGUGUACAGAGAAUUGUCUUAUAAAACUCAACAUACCAGAGUGCCCGAAGCUGUUACUGUACUCCUUUUAGCAUUGAGGAGAACACAGGUGGCUGGACGGCGCAAGGACGGGCUCAAUUUCCCCCUGCUAGAUAAGGCAAGCCAUGCAACAGUGAGUCAAAUGGCUUGUGAUGCUCUCCUCUUGCUCUGUGACCGGGCAGAAGUUUUGCUGGAUCUGUAUCCGAACAUUCCAGCCAAAAUUAUCCAGGUUCUAGCAGAGACUCUUGGUCGUAUGACCGGUCGCGAAAGACGAAGUGCUUUAGCGACUUCCAUGUUAUUCUGUCUCGGCGAAUGGGCUAUGCAGCUGGGACCAUCGGUGCUACUACAACCAUUCCAAGGGAGCCCCUUGCUUUUGACGUUAUUCACAGUACUAGACAAUAUUAUGCAGAAUAAAAUAACCACGGAUAUUCAAGACUCGGCAAAGUGUUAUCAGCAUGACUCUGAUGAUUUUGAUUUUGAGAUAUCGCAUGAUAAUUUGGUGGACGAAGUUGGCGUGAAAUCUCCUAGACGAGGACACGUUCAGGCUGUACAGCUUGCUGCUCGAAUGGUACUAAUGCAUCUUGUAAAUCACCUGGGACACUUUCCUAUGGGGAUUGGUGCCGCACGUCUCUCAUCUCUUGUCGUUGAAUUGGACGACGUUCCAGGAAUAGAUAGCGACGAAUUAUCUUCUGCUGUUUUCCAAGCUCCCAACAUACAACUUUUGAUGCUUUCCAAUUCUAUUAUACUGUCGUUAGUAGAAUUGGUAGCAUUAGAUGUGCCAGGCGGUGGGGUGACAGCUGGUUUAACAACAGCACCCUCGACAGUUCGAGUUCUUCUGCGAGACUUGGCUGGCAAAGCAUCGUGGGAUAGUUCCAUACUAUAUAGCCAACCUUCCAACGAUGAUGAUUUACCUGCACCGUUUGGCAAACCAGUUGACUGGUCCUCGAAAUCACAAAGAGAGGAUCUUAGCAGUGUGUUGCCUUUGCAGAGCAGUCCGCCACAACAUACGAUGCGUCAUCGCGAGCCUCAUGUUCUUCCAACUUUUGCCAAUGCUGCUAGUGAUAUGGACAACCUUGAUGAUCUCCUACAAUACAUAGGUCACACAAGUCCCGAGGUAUUGACUAAUCCAGAAGUUGCUUUAAAUGCGCCUGCAAAUUCGCCGCAGGGUCCUCAACUCGAAAGUGAAACCAUUGCUGCUAUUUUAGGUCAAAGAAAUAUGGAGAGAGAUCAUAUCAACAACUGGAAUCAGCAUAUCAGUAUGUGCGCAGCGGCGAUCAGCCCUCCGUCUUGCCGGCCACCACCUGCUCCAUUUCAUCAUUGUCGUCUUCUGUUUUCUCACCUUGGUCUUUCUGGAUGGGAGCAAAGAAGAAAAUUGCAUUUGCUUUCUAAAAAUGAGAAGCUACUGAGGGAAUUGAGAAACCUGGAUAAUCAGCGUUCUAGGGAAACACAUAAAAUGGCGGUGAUAUACGUGGGGCAAGGCCAGGAAGACAAGAAUUCGAUAUUGAAUAAUGUCACAGCCAGCAAAGAGUAUGAGAGUUUUGUCGCGAGACUUGCCUGGGAAAUUGAAUUAGAGUCUCAUACAGGUUUUCUUGGUGGAUUGGUACCUGGAAAGGCUAGUGGAGUCACUGCACCAUAUUUUGCGACAUCUUUCACCGAAGUUAUCUUUCACGUUGCUACAAGAAUGCCCUCCGAUAGUCCUGAGAGUCUUCUACAGAAGACAAGGCAUCUUGGUAACGAUGAAAUCCACAUUGUAUGGUCCGAGCACUGGAGAGAUUAUCGGAGAGACAUAAUUCCCACAGAGUUCUGUGACGUACUGAUCGUCAUUUAUCCUCUUCCAAAUAAACUUUUUAGGAUUCAAAUCUCAAGAAAGACAGAGAUUCCAUUUUUUGGACCACUCUUUGACGAAUCCAUUGUGGAAGAUAUAGUUCUCCCUGGUUUAGUCAGAGCCACAGCUUUAGCUGCAAGUAGAGCCAAGAGAUCGACCCUUACCUUAUAUCAGCAUUACUACGAAGAAAGAGCGAGAUCCUUGGAUACAGUGGUCCGAAAUCACAAAGAAGCUACAACUUUUGAAGAGUUUGCAGCUAAUGUUUAUUCCCCUGUACAGCCACCCAGUCCUUUUAGCAGCACCUCCUCCGUCACAGGUUCAAUGACGAGCGUCCAGUCCACCGCCUCUUCAAACCUGGCUGCUGCUUUAAUCGAUUCGCAUCACGGAAGACCCAGUCUUCGCAGCAGUUCAGCGGCAAGCAGCGACAAUAGAGCGAACAGAGUCUUGCAUAAUCUAUUGCGAGUUUCGGACGGGAGCAGAGUAUGGUUUAGCAGUGAUACAGCAGACAGCUCGGCCCUCCAUGGCAUAUCCCCAAGACCGGUAAAAAGAAUGUCCUUUAAAACUGGACCAAAGCAUAGAGGUACAUCUCAGGCCACUCCGCCGGAUAGUCCUAGAUACAAAUAGCAUGGUAACUCGCUGCCGUUAUACGAAUGAGAAGUCCUUUCCCAUUUACACACCGUGGAAUGAAGUGAACAAUAUUGAAAACCAGAAAAUUCGGUAGUGGUAAGUUUACAACUACGAUUACUAUACGGAUAGGUCUAUUUUCGUCAAGUUAAUUGCGCGUUGUCAGACGAAGUUAAAGAAUCCGCACUUUGAUAUCUUCCAACUUCAGAACUACCGAUGUACAUAGAACACAAUUUUUCUGCUGUAAAUUAUUACGAGGUUUGAUGGUUAUUUAUAAAGUCGGAAGAAUGUUUCAAAUGGAUGGAUGCUGCUUUUUGAUUCAUGAAUUGUAAAUAAUUAAAGAGCUGUUGCCGUAAUCUAUGCACCGCUAUGAGAUGUCGGAGAUUGCAUACCGGAAAAAUUCAUGAUAGAUUUGAUGGUACAAUGUCUUCUCAAGAAAUAAAGACAUCUCAGCUUGUGAAAUGUUUAUCUCUGAAAUUCCAAAUUUCAUAUUGGUCAAUGAGUUUGAUAAAUGCAAUACAUAACGAUCGGACGAUGCUAUCUGGUUACUCAAAAAUAAUCAUCUAUCUCGUUUAAUCUAACAGUAUCAUAAAUGUGGUCUUUGAUUUGCAAAGUCUACACGAUUAUUCGGGAAAUAGUAACCGAAUGCUUCUUAAGCCGAAUUACUACGCACGGUGUAGUGAAUGUAUAUGUUAGGAAUUGAAACCCUUUAACAACUAUUUUCAAUUUUCCGUCCUUAGAUCUAAUUUAUUAUAGAUUAAUUAUUAUACGUCUAGUCUAUUCAUAAAUAUUUUGACCUGAUCAUAACUGAUUCGGGUGUAAGCGUUAAGAGUUUUUCUUUGAGAAUUGAAUUGUUGUUGAAUUCAGGUAAGAAUUAAAGUCGAUUUGGUCCAUGUCGCCGAUUUCAAAUAGACUUUAAUUACGCACGAAUGAUAUAGAUGUAUUCGGGUGAAGUUAACUCAUUUUGAUAAAGAUACAAUAAUUAAUUUGAUGUCAGCGGGUGUUUUCUAAUAUGUAUGUAUGUAAUAUAAUUACGUUUUUACAUAACAAGACUUACUGUUAUGGGCUUACAUCAGCAACAAUGCUACCAAUAAUCAAAGUAAGAUGCAAGUGUUUAUGGCAUUAACAUACUUUUUUUCGAGCUUAUUCUGUACGAUCUAUUAGAACCAAUUAUUUGUUAUAAAGUUAUAAAUUAUAGGUGUACUACGAUCUUUUCUAUGUCUAUUAUGGAAUCAGCAGAGUUAUCAGUUCGUUAUUAUAAAUCACGGCAAUAGAUACAGUUUGUGGAAGUAUAGGUAUUCACUUAUCUAAGUAAAUUAUUCCCUUUAUUGUCGGUAAUCCCUAGUGGACACACGCUUCUUGUUUGUCGGUACUCAUAAAAAUCUAUGCGUUGACGAAAUCAUAGAAAUAAGAAAUAAAAGGAACAUUUUGAACUUUGGAUUCACUUCGUUUUUAACAACCAAAGUACAAUGCUUAUCGUCGAAAUGAAUCGGGUAAAUUCACUUACAACAAACGUACCCAUUAGUAUUGUUCCAUCGAUGAACAAUGGAUAUACCUAUAAUCUACAUAUGUAUACAAAAUUUAAUAAUCAGCAGGCUGAAAUAUCUGGAAAUGCUUUCAACAUUCCCUGCUCACUGUUAUUUAUUAUAGAAUGCAACUCAGUAGCGGUUAAUAGUUAAAGUGGAAACUCUGAUUGUAGGUGAUACAUAGCAGUGCAUACAUACGUAUAUACAAUUUCCAUUUUCUCAAUUAUUCAAGCAAAAACCAAACUACUGUUUGCUCGACUCAUUUUUUUGAAAGAAUCAUUUUCCAUGUGAGUCAGCAUUGAAUAAUAUCACGUGCAUAAUCCUUUUGGAAGGUUUUAAGCGGCAUUCUUUAUCUGUAGUAACGAUGAAGCCUACUAAUGAUAGUACUUAAAUACAAAUUAAAAUAUACCAAUUAGCGAUUAAUUACUUAUAAUGAUGCUUAUGUACAAAUUUCGAAAGUAUUACAUGACUCUAAUGCUAUGUCGACUUUUAUAAUUGUAUGUCAUUAUUUCCGCAUGUGCUUGAAUAAUUGUAUCCGUUUGAAUUGUAAAUUGUCUACUAAUUAUCGAUGACCUAGUGUGAAUAUUACAUACCUACGAAGUUUUACGAUUCUAAUAAUCCUCUAUGAAAAGUUCUAACUUCUCAUUAAACUUCUCACACGCGUGUAGACAACCUUGCUAGUUACCGUGAUACUUUUACCGAAACAGUCACAAAGUUUAUUUAAAACUUGAUACAAUCAAUGUUUUCUACGUUACGAAUGAUAUACCUAAGUUGUUUUCUGAUCGAUAAUCUUAAAUUAUCGUGAUCUCUCAACUGAUGUCUAUGAACUUAUAAUUGUAAAGAGUGUAAGAUUUCUCUAUGCCAUGCAUGGACGAUUGCUAAAAUGUUCACAACUGAAGCAGCAUUGACAAAUUUUCCACUAAUUUAUAUUGUACAUAAAAAUAUUAAGAUAAUAAUCAAGAUAUUGCUUACUGAAAAAUGAUCAUUAUUUAUACUAGUUUAACUAUCUUCAUAAGUGUUCAAACAAUUAAUUUUUUUAGAUGCGUAUUGCAGUUCAUUAUCUCUCCUUAAAUCGUUAAUCAAUUUAAUGGUGGAGACUGAUGCUAUUAGCUACAGGUUUUAUUUGAUCGAAAACUAAUUUGUUGAAAUUUGAUAUUGAUUAUAUAUAUUAUAUAGGUAUAUUUAAUUUAUGUUCUCUAUAUUCUCAUGACCUAUGCAACUGAAUAAUUUCUGUACCAGCCCCAUGAAAUAAUUGCUGUAUAAAAGUUACAAUAUUAUAAA